GGCUCAGGUCUUCAUGGCGGGUGAUGAAGCGUCGUCCCAACGGCUAACUAGACGAGCAAAAUUAAACCGAGACCAAGAAGCCGCCCACGAUAAACUAGUAACCGAUUAUUUUGCCGAUGAACCCGUGUACCCAGCCGAGAUUUUUCGACGUCGGUUCCGCAUGAGUCCUCCACUUUUUUUUUUACGUAUUGCAGGUGACAUGGCCCAGUCUGAUCCGUUUUUACACUGCGAAACGACGCUAGGGGGCAAAGGGGUUUCAAUAAUUUACAAAAAUGUACGUCGGCCAUUCGCCAACUGGUAUAUGGUUACGCACCCGAUGCAUUAGACGAGUAUAUAAGGAUGUCUGAAAGAACCGCACGUCUAUGUUUGCACAAGUUUUUAGAAUGGGUUGUCAAAUUGUAUAGCAAGAGAUACCUGCGGAAACCGAACGCAAACGACGUUCAAAAAUUAUAUCAAGCACACGAACAAAGACAUGGUUUCCCAGGAAUGCUCGGGAGCAUUGAUUGCAUGCACUGGUCGUGGCAGAACUGCCCAGUUGCCUGGCAAGUUCAGUAUACUAGGGGAGAUCAUGGACAUCCGACUAUUAUUCAAGAGGCUGUUGCGUCACAGGAUCUCUGGAUUUGGCAUGCUUUUUUUGGUCUACCUGGUUCGCUCAAUGACCUUAACAUCAUAUACCAGUCACAGAUAUUUGAGGAUGUAGUGGCGGGUACAGGUCCAGACACAAGUUUUACGGUUCCGGGGGUGGAAUACAGGCGAGAUUACUACAUAGCCGAUGGAAUAUACCCAACGUACUCGACAAUCGUUAAAAUUAUUCCGCACCCGACAGACGAAAAAAGAAAAAAAAUUGCGAAGUAUCAAGAGGGUGCGAGAAAAGAUAUUGAACGGACUUUUGGUGUUCUACAAAAAAAAAGGCAAAUCAUUGAACAUCCAGCACGUUCGGCUACAUCAAAGAGGUUACGACACAUUAUGUACGCUUGUAUCAUCCUUCAUAACAUGAUCAUUGAAGACGAAGGUAGAGCGAUAUGCGAGUACGACGAAAACGCGUUUACUGGAAAUUCUGUUCCAGUUAGUGGGGAACAACAAGAUUUGAACAUGUUCGCUCUACGUAACGAGUACACACAUCAUAACCUACAAGCGGACUUGGUGGAGUACAUUUGGAACAACGCUCAAAACGAACCCAACGACGACAUGGAAGACGAAGACUAGUAGCU